AUGCUAAUAAUAUUAUUCAUAAUUAAUUUAUUCGUAAUUAUUACGCAAUGCCAGUUUUUGUAUGACCAAUUGCAAUUUAUUGGUGGGUUUUUGAAGUGGAAAGCAAUCUAGUUAGAAAAUUUUUGACAAAACUAUUUUUUUUCCCGAAAAUUUCAGGCUAUGCAGCAAUCGAAGUGCCUUCUGAAGAUUACAGUAACCAGCAAAGCUACAGUAAUCAAUUUCAGAAUUUCUUCACUAAUAAUAAUAAUCUAGGAGGAUACAGUAACCCGAUUAGUUUGAGCGAAAAACUUUUGCGAAAUGAAUACGAUACAAAUCAACAAAUAUUUUCACAAGAAACAACUACAGUAAUCCCAGCAAUUCAGCCAAGAAGAAGUGGAUCUUCGAAAAAUAUAUUGGAACAGGCAUCUUAUUUGAGUUUGAUUAAUGAUAAAGAUAAUUUCCAGGUAUUUUUUGAAAAAAUUACUUGUUCUCUUAAAAGUUUUUUGAAUUUAUAGGUUUCUGGGUGUAGCUGGGAUGUUCUUCAAUUUCGAUGUCAUGAUAUUUUUGGUUUUUGUAAAGGAACAUGCCACGAUUUCUCAGUUUCCCCGCUAAAAGAUUGUCGAUGUGUCCCGUUUGGUUUUUCAGCAUUACUAAAAUUGGCGGGAAGAAAAAAGUGA